CGUCUUCUGUGGCGAGGGACGCAAGGAGCCGCUCCUCAUCGGCUCCGUCAAGUCCAACAUGGGCCAUUCCGAGGGCGCCUCCGGCAUCUGCUCGUUGGCCAAGGUGAUCCUUUCCAUGGAGACCGGCAUCAUCCCGGGCAACCUGCACUUCAACGAGCCAAACCCGGGCAUCCCGUCGCUGAACGACGGCAGCAUUCGGGUGGUGGACCGCCACACGCCCUUCCCGGGGGGCCUGGUCGGGGUCAACUCCGUCGGCCUCGGAGGCGCCAACGUGCACACCAUCCUGGAGGCCAACCCGGGCCCCCACGUGGACUCCCUCCCCCGGGAGAAGCCCCAGCUGCCCCGCCUGGUGCUGCUCGCAGGCAGGACCCAGGAGUCGCUCACGGCCACCCUGGACCGGCUGGAGGGGGACGGACCCCUGCCAGACCCAGCCUACGCUUUGCUCAACCGGGUGGGGCAGCCCAGCGUCAACCAGUUCCGGUUCCGCGGCUACACGGUGGUGGCCGUGAACGGCUCUCGCGAGCCCAUCAAGGCGGUCGAGUACCAGUCGAGUGUCUGCGAAUAG